CAGUAUCAUCCGUACUUGUGAGUGAGUGUUGCGACAUUUAGCUAGGGUUAGAAUGAUGAUGAAUUUCCGCCGCAUCGCAGCAGGUUCUCUUCAUCUCUUGCAGAAGUCCGCAACGCGUCCCGCUCUGUUUCCCAAACCCUCGGAUUCUGGCGUCAUCGCUCGUCUUCGAUGGACGACAAGGGCUCUUUCUACAACGGAAUCUGCUGAGACGGCGGCGGCGGCAUCGGUCUUUUCUAGCAAAGACAACCUCAUGAGCCGGGUGAAUAGGCUUCACAAGGAAGGCAAAGAUGAACUCGCCCUACAUCUCUUUGACUCUAUGGAUGCGAACAAGGUUGAAUUUACUCCCUCCGAGUUUGCAUUUCAUAUUGAGAUCCUUGCUAAGGUCAAAGGCUUAGCAGCUGCUAAAGCCUACUUCAAAAAAGCAGACCCAGACUUCAACGAUGGAGACAUUCAUGCCAAGAACUGGCCUGCUUACGCCACGCUCCUUCGGCUCACAUCUGAAGAAUUGGACCAACUGGCAAACCAUCUCCAUCCACUCAGAAUUUCCUUUUCAAGAAUCGCUGAAUUGGUUUCACCGUCGGUCGUGUAUGUGUAUGGAACUAGAGGUGAAGGAGAUGGUUACGUCUUGUCAUCAGGGUUUUUCAUAGAUGAGAAGACCAUCAUCACUUCAUCACGUGAUAUACUAGACGGUCAGAAGCUCUUCGCUGUGCUUCGUGAUGGAACGCAGCUUGAUGGGAAGCUAGUGAAGAUAUCUGAGAGCCUUGAGCUUGCUUUGGUGAGAGUGGAUACAAAGGAUCUGCAGCCUGGUUGUUAUGGCACAGCGAACCUCGGUUUUUCAAACCGGGUUCGCACAGGAGAAUGGGUUGGGGCUUUGGGUGCUCCUCUUGGCCUCAGGAACACCUUGACGGUUGGGAUAAUCAGCUGCCCCAACCGGUGUGAUCACGAGAUUGGAUGGGAAAACCAAGGAAGACAGUUUCUACAGUUUGACUGUCUCAUUCACGAGAGUUCCUUUGGAGGUCCGCUUGUCGGGUUGGACGGGCUCGUUGUUGGGGUCAUCAUGAUGGGGUAUGGACCGGCAUGGAUGGAUCGAAGCCUGGGUCGGCACGCCAACCUGAUCGGGAUUGCAGUUCCGAUAGACACGGUCCGAGACGUAUUGCUCGUGGAUUAGUGAGUGACAGGUUUUAGGAAAAAUUGUCAAUAAUAUUUGCCUGUUGAUUUCAGAUUUUAGUUUAUUGAUCAGAUUUUAGUUUAUUGAGCAGAUUUUGGGUUGUUUCCAAUUUUAAUUGGACCGAACAAUGGCUUUAGCCGAUGCUUAUAUAACUGUAUCUCAUUUAAUGAAGAUAACUAAUUAGUGAAA